GCCUCGCUGACCGGGCUGGUAUCGAAACUGCCAUAGUCUCACUGCAGAUUUGAACUAAUACUACAUCAAGACCCCUCCUACUCGUGGCCACCCUCCUGACUGCCGGGUUCGUCCUUAUGGCCGAGUCAACUCCAGCCGAGUCGCAUUGGCGAUUUUCCAUUGUGCCAGGGUAUUUCCUGCAGAGCGAGCCCACCACCGAUGCAGGCAGCUUUGACUACGUAGCCGCCAACUUCGGCCUCAUUCCCCGAGCCUACGACUCGGACCCCAAGUUCGACCCCGACGGAAAGAAGACGCAAUGGGAGCGCUUCGAGUACCAGGUCCGCAAGCUUAAUCGCGAAGCUGAGCCCGACACCACCUACAAGGUGCUAUUUCUGGGCCGCCACGGACAAGGCUAUCACAACGUAGCUGAGGCCAAGUACGGCACUGAGCUCUGGGAUUGCUACUGGUCCCUACUCGACGGCGACGAGAACGGCACCUGGGUCGACGCCCGUCUCACCGACCUAGGCAUCGCACAAGCCAAGACCGCCCACAACGCCUGGAAGACGCAACUUGCCGAUAAGAUCCCUACCCCGGAGACUUACUACGUGAGCCCGCUCAACCGGUGCCUUGCGACCGCGUACCACACAUUCAGUGGCCUGGGAAUCCCCCUCACGGAUCCUUUCCGGCCCCUCAUCAAAGAGCUCCUCCGCGAAACCAUCGGCCAACACACCUGCGACGGCCGUUCCUCCAAAUCCGCCAUCGAGGCCGAAUACCCGCUCUACCGCAUCGAGCCCGGCUUCGCCGAGACCGACCCUCUGUACGACGCCCGCCUCCGCGAAAGCGACUCGGCCCGGGACAAGCGCUUCCGGGAUCUGUUCCAGGACAUCUUCGGCCACGACGGCAACACUUUCCUCUCUCUGACGGCGCACUCGGGCGCCAUCACGAGCAUGCUGGUGGUCACGGGCCAUCGGCCGUUUGCGCUGGAGACGGGCGGCGUGAUUCCGAUUUUCGUCAAGGCGGAGAAGGUAGCCGGGGCGUUGCCGCCCAUGGAGGUGGAGCCGUGGUUUCCGCCGCCGGCUUGUAAGAAUUGACCGUUUGGUUGACUCGAUGAGUAGAUGUUGAUUUCUUAGAGAGGGGGACUUGGUUUGGGUCCGAUAUGUUCGGUUUGGUGUUGUAUAGAGCAUUGGUUCAUUGUUUAUUGGUUAUGCGUUGAUAAUGGUAGAUUGCGUGUCAACCUGGUAGGUAUGCUUGAGUGGUAGAAGAGUCGGGAGUUAAGUGAAGUCGAAGUAACGCAUAUAUUGGAAUAUUGUACAGAAGAUAGGAACAGUAACCCAUGAGAUAAACAAACUGCUCAUGCACAUGCAUG